GUCAACAGCAACGGCAGCUGCAGCCCUACACUCAGCCCACAGCAGUAUGGACACCAGAUCCAUGUGAAGGAGGAGCCCACUGAGGUUGAGGAGGACAGACGCUCCGUGUCGCUCAUGGCAACUAUCACUCAUGGCAACAUGGCAUUGCCUAGCGAUCGAGAUGACCGAGAUUUGGAGGAUGAGCUUCCAACCGACGAGCUGGAGUAGGAUUGGAAGAGCUUAACCAGUGGGCGGGACUUUGAGGUUUAAUCCCGCCCCCUCCAUUGGAGGGAAGAGAAAUUAUGACACAUAAAAAAUAAGAUAUAGAGUUUUUUUUUUAAGUAUGAUUUCUUUUAAAGCAAGAAACCAACAACAAUGAGAAACUUCAAACAGGGUUAGACCUCCGUUAUGUACCGAUGCAAAAAUAACACUCUGGAGCAUUGCUUUAUCCCCACACGUUUUCACCCACCUCACCCCAACCCUCCUCCCCCACCCUAUGAGCAGCGUAUUGCCAGAGAGACAGCUCUCAGUGGUGAUAUGGAGGCCCCCUCUUCUCUUCUCCUCUGUCCUCCUCUCCCUGCUGAUUGUGACAGAUGGUCUAUCCACCCUACAGUCCUUUAGUGCUGGUAGUUUGAUGUUCACACCAGUUAAAUAUACAUACAGGUGUGUGUGAGGGAGAGUGUAGAGACACACACACACCAGAUCAUGUAUAUAUAUUUUGGAACAGUCACCAGGAUGUGUAUACUUCUCCUCCGAUCCUGUCAGUCGCUUUUUAUUUUCUUCUGUUAACUGAGAGAGAAGGAAAGACAGUUGUAGUUUUCUCAAAGAUUACCCCACAUCUGCUCACACAUCAGAAACCAAGCGUACAAGCCAGUCAGUGAUCCAUAGGUGAGACUGAGACUGAGACUGGAUGGCAGGACUCUGCAGCCCAUGCCAGACAAGACUCUCUCUCCUCCUUAUGCCAAACACAGAAUGAAGAAAUCCCCACCAAACAGAUUUCAGGAAGAGGACCCUUUGUUGCAUUAGUCCUUCUUCAUGCAUGAUAGAGUGAUGGGCCCAGGCCACCAUGAGAGAGAGAGAGGGAGGGAGGGAGCAUCCACACAGCGAUAUCUGAAUAAAAUGGUUGAGGAUUAUGGAAUAYGAAAAAUGUUACAUCCAAAAAGUGGUAUCUUUUUCACAUCUUUUUUUAUUUGAUGGUUUCUUUGUUUAUUUUUUAGGGUCAAUAUUUCCAUGGUGAUAUAAUUCUGUUUCAAAGUGUAUUUUGUCGUUUUUUUUGUUUUUAUUGACUCUGCUGGUUCACACCAUUCUAUACUAGUAUUGUCAGCAAAGAAAGCGUUGUUCCAAAAAUACCCAACCCACCCUCCGCUGAAUACCUUGCUGUGUGUCUGGGUGUGCCUGUUUAGAUGGCAGGAGAUUGAGAAUAGCACUUAGGAUCUGGGGCCUCAGCUCCUGAGAACACUCACUCAUUAUCCCCACAGUUUAUCAGGCAUUUGUAUUAUUCCUUUUCAACUCAUUCCUUUUGAUUUUAUCUUCUCGUAGUUAGUUGAGAAACAUCAGCUGUGAUACAAAGCAAUGCUUUAAAAAAUAUAUUAUUACGGUCAGAGAAUACCUCAUCCCACAAAGGUUCCAUCUGGAACUGUGUCCAAAAUGUUAAAGAAAUAAGGGGAAUUCUUUCUGCGGGACACCAAAAUGUGGCAACUCAGUUUCAGUUCAAAGUUCUAUUGUUACUAUAGUUACUGUAUAGAAGCUAUCUGCAAUUCACUGUGUGAGUUGGACUAAAAGAAUAGCACGUGAGAUUACAAAUCUUUUGUUUUCAGUGAGCAUAAAAGCAUUACCUUCUCUGCAGUGCCAUACCAAAUUUAAACACAUUAUUUUAAUGUAUUUUCUGCUUUUUUCCCGUUUUAUUUUUGUUACAGGUAACCAAAGAAAUGUGUAGAAAACCAAAAACCCUGUAGUUUAUUUCCCCUUUUGAGUUUUUCCUCUAAAGAACUGGCCAGAAGACAACCAACACCUGAAAUCUAAGUUAUCAUUGUAUUAUCGUAACUCCUGCGUUGAACUUGUUCAUGACAGUACUGACCAUUCCAAAAACCAAAGUAUAAAAUGCAAAAUAGAAUUUGGUGAUGUUAAAAGCUUUUUACAUACGUGUUAACUGGUGCGAAUGACGACUCACGUUAGGUGUGCUGUGGUAGAAGGCCAAAAACAGUAUUAACAAACAGCCUCUUGCAGUUCCUUUGAUAAAGAAAGAAAGCGCUUAGGAUUUAAAUGUGUAUCUCUCCAUGCUCAGGCUACCUGUGUUUCAAACACAACCCUAAGAGAGGCUCCGCUGUGGGCAGGCCUAAGAUGGGCUUUACAGUUAAAGAUGGCAAAUAAUUAUCUUACCCUCAUAAGGCACUUGAACACAACAUUUAUAUCCCUUUAUGUGACACUAGAAGCCAGCAAAAAAACAAACUGUGGGCUGUUGUCAGUUGUCCAUUAACCGGGAUACCGGGCCAAAAAAAGACAUUGUUAUUGCACUGCAAUAAUGCAUGUUUGGAUUCAUUUCCUCAACCAAAACAAUGCUUUCAUUGUGAAACUCAACACUAUAAAUUCAAACAUCCCUUCUUGCUAUGCAGCAGAAUGUUAUCUUCUUGACCCGGGUACCAGUUAGACUGAAUAACGAACGGUUUAGCCGUGAACGGUUUAGCCGUAAACGGUUUACUUACUGUACCUUCUGUACUGCUCACCUACAGUAUACUCUAGCAGACACAACAGUUUAACAAAUACCAAAAAGGACAAGUGUUAUAAUACAUAGGAACAAUGAUAAUUGUUGACUCCUAUAUUGUCUUCAUGCUCUCACAUUGCUAUAGAAACCCCUUCAUAUCCCCAGUCUCAGAUGUGCUGUGAGGAGUUGUGAUAAAGACCGUUUGAAGCUGGCUGUCAUCCCAAACAUCACACCAAUGGACAGGGGGGGCUGUUCAGAACAGACAUACCAUUAUGACCACUUGUGACACAGCAAAGAGGGAACAACUGACAAACGACAAAAUCAUACCAAUGUAGAAGGAACACGCCAAGGGACAUGUCAACUUAUGUAUUUUUUUCUAAAACAACAUUCGGGGAAGUUUUGUCAAAUCAACUCUUCACUUCAGACCAUUUGCUUUCUUUUUUAAAUAGAGGAGUCUUUGUAUUAACUUCCUGUGUAAAACAGCACUGUCUCCUGUCUAAGUAGGGUUCUGAUGCUUCACGUCAUCAGAUUGAUUUAUAACAAACAAAGUGGGAGAGGGACACCUUGAAACGAGAGUAAAAACCAAAAAUAACACUACCUCCUUUUCAAAAUGGUUCACACAAUAAAAGCAAAUGGGAGACUGGAGACCCUAAAUAUUUCAGUUUUUUUCCCCAUUCUUCCUUAAUAAUAAUAGUGAAAUAUACCAAAACACAGCUUACUGUUACUACACAUUUUGUGGGGCUGAAAAAGCUUGUCUGGCUAUCUGGACUCCAAAUUCACGAGCGUGAGCGCAAAAACAAAGAGACUUUACAACAACGUUGCAUCCCGUUAAAGAUGACUACCUCUCCUAAAACCACAGAGAACCGGUGCGUUCUCCUAAGAGUGAAGAGUGAAGUGGUUUAAAAGGUCUACUCUCAGCUGGGUAUUAUUGGCUGUCUCUGUGCUUUCAUUAGCAUAUGGCUCCGUGAACAGCCUCUUAAUUGGGUGCUCUAAUUGUAUGCACGCAUAUUGAUGAGCAGGCUUUGCCAGCAGCCAAUGAUAGUCCGGUCGUUAGCGGCGAUUCAAUGGGGCAGGAAGCUGAUUGUCAGGAGGGAGGAGGGGCAGAAUAUAUCAGUGCCCGCCACACGCCAGUGGGCCACACACACACUAGUGCCCGCCACACGCCAGCGGCCCGCACUUCACAUUAAUGCAGAAAACGGCUGUAAGAUGGCAGCGAUAAAAGACACACUCUCUUACAGUCUGUAGUCAGUGUUCAGUCCAAAGGGCCCUGAGUACCAGUCAGAGCUGGGAAUAUAAUCCCUGUGACAUGGAGCUUUCCCCUCAUGGUGAAUAGUGGCUGCUGUCACUAGGAGCYGGGCCCCUGGUGGCCCCUGUGGUUCAGACAGCUGAGGAGAGGCUCUGAGUAACUGAAGAUACUAUCCAAAGACAAACACAGAGCUUACUGUACACUGUACAUCCUCAAUCGCCACUCGCUGGGAGACGGGCAAUAAUAACACACGCUUACAAAGGAAUUUAUCAUUACUACUAUUAUUAUUGUUAUGAUCCAAACUCUCAUGAAUGAGGAACUGCUGCAUUCAGUAAAUAUAAAUGAAUUAUCGUGCUUUAAGGUACACCUGUAAACCACGCUGUUUUAUAAAGAUGUAGAUUGACAUUCGUUGAUGGUGUUGACAGAUCGUCAUAGACGGUUCUGUUCCUUCUCCGGCUUUGCUGUUAUGAUGUAUUAUUGUAUAUUAACGCUUGGCUUAGCUCUCGAGGGCAUUCUUUCCCAUUAUGUCUUUUUGAUUUUCUGUUGUGUUCAUUUUCUGCACCUGUUUAGCUAUUGUAAAGCUUCCAGCUCUGAUUCCUAUACUGUAUUGCUAAUGCUGAAGUGUAUGUAUUUGAUCAUAUUAAGUGCUGCAGGUAUCUGGGUUUAAUCGUUUUUGUUUUGUCCUUUUUUUCAGUUUUCUUCAUAAAAACGUCUGGGACGAUGAUUUUUUAAGUGUAUUAUCUCUAAAAAAUUAAAUAAUUAAAGUUAGAUAAGUGGUUUAGGUAACACCUGUUUGUAUAUUUAUCUUAGCUAGGUCUAUUUUGAUACUUUUGUCUCUGUACUGCAUUUAUGCAUUUUUAAGGAAAGAAAAAGAAAAACUUACUGAAAACGAUGUAAAAAGUUGACUUCAUUAUGUAUUGAUGAUACCUCAGAAGGACUUUUCUCUAAGACAGGACCAAAACCUCAGAAAAAAAGAGAGAAAAAUAAUUGAAGAAAUUAUGUUGCUUUUGAAGAUGUAGCAAUGUUGAGGUUUGGUCCUUAAGGUGCCAAUAUGUGUCCUCUGAUCCCUGACCCCAGUCAUUCCUGGUGACCUUUAAGCCUCACAGCUGUCAAUCACUCCACAGGGCAACUGGGCGUGGCCCUGAGUCACACACCUGGUGACGUUUGUCCAAUCAGAAUCUUUGUUUUCUUGUAUUCCCAAACACACCGACACACACACAAACACACACACACAUUCUAAUGGCUUUCAGAAAUGCAGUUCAUCUUCAGUCAUGCACUGAAGGUUUUGUGAGUGGCCGUGGCACAUCAGCUAACAGACUACCACAACCGUAACCAAACCAAGCCUAGGCAUUGCUCUAGAGCAACACCAAGGUGAAUGUCCUGUAUUAGCAACGUAAUAUACCACACGCUACUUCCCAUACCUCGAACCAUUCUACGCUAUCCCCAUCACUAUCAUCUCUCAGACGAGCACUCUUCCUAUUGGAUCAUUAGUGACUCCGGGGUCCUACUUGGGCCCGCCCCCGCUCUAUGAUUGGACAGCUCUGAGGUGUCAUGUCGAGGAGAAGAGGUCUUAAAGGGGUGUUGCCCGAWGGUAUUAUUAACUUCUCGGCCCAGAAAAACGACCACUUCAGCUCUCCUCUGGUUGUAUCUUAGGAAUGUGUGUACAUUUUCAGCAGUGACUCUCUGUAACGUUACUUAGUUUCAGUUUACCUGUUUACCUCUCUUUUAUCUUUUUAUUUCAUUCUGUUUGUUUACUUUGUAAGUGUGACCCAGGCGAAGGGGUACAGUAGGAGCAGGCGGUGGUUUUUCAGACGGUCUAAAAGAGGUUUAAAAAAAGGCAACUGCCACCGAGACCUUUGCCCUUUCCCCCUUCCCUGGGUGGCCAUGUAAUGCCAGUCACUGCCCCUUUCCUCAUGCUGUAUAAAACACACAUAUAUCUGUGUAUUUGUAACCUGAAUCUUCUUGUGUCUGUCCAUGCAGACAAUAAAACAGCUGUACAGUAGAUCUAGUUGCAUGUAAUCUGUACUAAUUAUUGACAAUGGCAUUAUAAAAUGCAAUAAAAUACUUAUUACACUGUC